CCGCGCGCGGUGGCGCCACCGCGCGCGCACGUUCGCGCGCGAGAGCGAUCGUCGAUCGUCGCGCGCCCGCGCUCGCGCGCUCGCGCGCUCGCGACGCCGCGCGCGCCGUAAAAGCGACGCAUUCAAUCAAAGUCGUUAAUUCCAAUCGGCGCGGAGAUGACGCCCUCGCGCCGCGCCGCGCGCGUGUUCGCGAACGCCGCGGCGGUGGCGCGCGCGUCGGGAACGCUCGCGGCGCGGGACGGCGCGCCGGGGACGCGCGCGGCGACGCUGACGACGUGGGCGAAGGUUGGACGCGCGAGCGGGACGCGCGGGACGACGCGGGCGGACGCGACGAGCGCCGCGCGAGCGACGCGAGCGUGGAUCGGACGGACGCUGACGUCGGCGAGCGAUGCGACGUGGAAGAGAAACGGCGGUAACGAUAAUCAGAGAGCCGGGGGAGGCGCGGGUGGGGUCGGGGGCGGGAACGACGGCGCGGCGGCGGCGAGGAACGGCGCGACCGGGGACGCGGCGCCGGGCGACGGGAAGGAUAAGAACAUCUUGGAUAACUUGUUAAAGUCGCACGAUAUCGUGCAGAUGCUGGAGGCGCUCGAGGACAUGGGGACGACGAAGGAUACGAUCUCGUUGGGCGAGCUCGAGGCGUUCGUGCGCGAUCAAACGUCGCCGCCGCGGUCGGCGGAGGAGACGGCGAUCAAAGUUAAACUGCUCGAAGAGUGCGGCGCGGUGCUCAUUCUCGAAGAUAUGGUAUAUUUGCACCCACGAGACGUCACGAGCGCGGUAUUGCGCGUGCUGCCGGGCGUUCCCUCGAAAGUAUACGGCAUCACCGACGCCGAUUUGCAAGCCAUGACGAACGAGUUUGAGACGAUGAAGGAAAAUUACAAAGUCGCUCGACGACGCGCCGAGGCGCGCUCGCGAACGAUCAUAUCGAGCGGAUUAAUCGUUCUGUGCCUACAGCUCGCCACAUUCGUGCGAUUGACGUAUUAUGAAUUCUCGUGGGACGUCAUGGAGCCGUUGUCGUACUUUGUCGGCCUCUGCAACGCGAUCCUGGUGUACGUGUACUACUUAUGGAACCGCCGAGACUUCUCCUUCGAGACUUGGCAAAACUCCCUCGCGGGUAAAUACGCGGACAGUCAUCUCAGACGAAGCGGCUUCGAUCUCGACCGUUACGUCGCCCUGAGCAAACGUCUCCGCCGCUCCGCUCGCAAGUGACGGACGCCCUCGUCGACGCGUCGGGGAAUCGACGACCCCGCCUCAUCGCCUCGCGCGCGUCUCCGCGCGCUCUCGACCGCGCUCGACCGUAUU